ACACAUUACACGACAGAGGCUGAAUUGAUCUAGCCUUUUCUAUAGCUAUGCAAAUAGUUGCAAUAGUGAGUGGACAAUAUAAAACGACUGUGAAGAAAGUUCGACGAAACGGUGGUCGAUCCUUCCCGAUCAUUUUGCUGAAAUAUUUUGGCAACAGAUUCACUAACACGUUCGAUCUGCAUUGGGAAAGUGGUGUCUCCUACAUAGGCGACAAAUCCAAGACGAUACGCAAUUAUGAACCACAUUCCGGCCAGAGAAGCAGAGGUGCAAUAACAACCGCGGUCGUCAGAACAGCAAUUGGCAGACUGUUGUACCUGGUAAAACGCGCACAAACCGGGAGACUUGUAGCUCGCCACAGAUGUGCCAGAGGAAGAGAACACAACAGGUUUGGAAGGAACACGGAACUACCCCAAACUUGACCACCGGAUUAUCGGAUGCCAAUUCCUGUCAGAUUUGUCGGCCUGAUGACCGAAGUAUAGCCUUGUGCGGCCAGUGGGCACUGCCAUAUUGCUGGCAACCUUAAGGGAGCACAACGUACUUGGAUAGCCUGUACCACAAUGGAAUCCUUCUAUUUCUCUUUGAGUGUACCGGUAUCGCACUUGUUGAUGGAUGGACUGACAAUUACUAACAAAACAGAUUUUGCCAUAUUCUUGGCUGGUCUAACCAUCGCGGCAUUUGUCUUGGAGAGUCUUAAGCGUAUCAGUCGCAAAUGUCUUCGCAAAGUUCCUAAACCCUCGCGGGUUGAGAUAACUGGAGAUGGUAACAGCACGCAGCUGAAGAGGUGUCGUUCAGAUAAAGCCCCACUUAUCAAAUAUAUUGAAAACGAAGCUAAGACACAGGGGAAGGAGAAAGCAUCCUUCCAUGAGAUAGAUGAGAAAAAUGGCAACAUUCUAGUGGAGAUGAAGGUCAACAACGAAACCAGCUGUUGUCCUGAGGAGUGUGGUGGUGCGAGGGAGGUAGAACAAGGAGACAAUGAGACAGAAAUCCUUGCCGACAGAGUAACUUGUUGCCAGGAUGAACUAACUGAAGAGCAGGAAACAGCGCGCUUGGAGAAGAUGUGGAAAAGCCUGUCACUGGAAGUGCUUAAUGACCGAUGGGCAAUAUUUCAGACGAAGUGUGGGGAACAGAAAGAAAUCAAGGGCAGAGUUACUCGUGGUUACAGAGUGGUUUUUCAUGUACUUCAGACAUUGAUCAACAUGAGUGAAAUAACCAUUGCUUACGUACUUAUGCUCAUUGUCAUGACGUACAACGCAUGGUUCCUCAUCUGCAUCGUGGGGGGUACUGGUCUUGGUUACCUGCUCUUGUCAUCUGAUCUUGAGACGCUCUACGCAGAUUACGCAGAGGGCUACAUCAAGCGCAAGGUGGCAGAGGAGGAUGCAAGGCGAAAGACAUGUCCUUCCACCUCAGGUCGGUGCCGAAAACCAUCAAAAAAGAAGACACCAUGGGUUCAGAAACAAGAGACAUAUUGUUGAAAUUAGCCAUGCGAACAGAACAAAAGAAUGAAUGAACCAACAUUACGAAUAACCAUUCUUGUCAAAGCCAGCAGCCCAACAAUAAUCCCUAUCUCACGGAACGUUUUAACACGGCAAUUAAAGCAAGGAGUAUGUAUGAGCCUUCGUCCAAAAGAUCGGCUACAGCUCAAUAUGAAGCAUUCAGUAGUAGCCGUAGCUACUUCCUUCUUCCAUUGAAUGCGGCGUAUUAAUGCCGAUUUCUACCAUGAGUUUCAAAAACCUCGUUAAAAGUCUUUGGCUGCAAUCAUUGGCUUAGUAUGGGGCAAGAGGUUCACUACUCCCCCAAUUUGUUGUCAGUGUCCUACUCCCCAUGAUUGCCCCUUUUUCACAACCGCCUUCACCCUUGACAUUUAUUUUGUGUGAGUUUCAGGAAUUUGACACUAUGAAGAACGCCCCAAUGCCUGAAACUGCGCCUUGAGCAGCACGCUAUCUCCGCUUUUCGAUUUUACGGAGAUCAGGUGACCAGUGCAAAAAUCUUGAUGAAUAUCCUUCUUCACCCUCCUUUCCCGAAUUAAAAUGACCUUGCAACGCAAUGAGUGCAGUAUAUUCGUUAGCUGUACAUAAUUCGGCAUAAGGAAGUUGGUACCUUGGCUCAGUUCUAUACAUAAAAUUGUCUCAAACCACAGAGAAAAAAAGUGAUUACAGUUUUGUAGAAGAUAUCGCAACUAAUUUUGUGCCCAUCUUCAGUGUAAGAAAUUAUUCGACAUUCCUUACUCACGCUUUCCCAGAUAACUAAGGGUACUCUUGCUGGAUGUCAUUUUGAGAAGACAUGGUUAAGUGCAUAGGUUUUUCUAUUCAAAUUGUGAACCCAUAAUUUACUUCAUAAUAAUUUACUUCUUCUUAAGACGGAUCAUACACCGUUGUAUUGCUGUUUGCAUACACAACAAUGAGCAAACAAAGACAAGUGAAUUCAGGCAAGCAAAAUAUCAAAACGUUAACAGUAUAUUGGUGCAUAAACCAAUGUUAUUAAGGUUUUCUUUCUUGGAUGUCAUCACAGUUUUUUGCUCACGAAUGUGGAGAUAUACUCAUUAGCAUAAAAACCAAAGAACAACAAAAUAUCCUUUCAAAUAUUUUAACAACCAUAAAAACGAUGUUUGUCGUGUUUAAUUAACGUGCAUUGUGUCUAUGUAUGUAAAAUAUAAGAAGAGUAAGAUGAUUUCUAAGCAAUUGUGUAGUAGGGUCCAUCAUAAAUGUUUUCCAAAGAACCUUCACAAGUCUAUAGACAAGUCCUUUCACAAGACUUGCAAAAAGUUCUUCCGCAAGACCAGUCAAAAGAGACGAGGAUGAACAAGGACAAA